AUGGACAAUCCUCCUAGUCCAGAAGAUGAAGAAGACUCCAUGAUUAUGUCAUGGCUAUGGAACUCUAUUAUGCUAGAAAUUUGUGGGCCUUAUAUGUUUCUAGUUACAGCAAAAGACAUAUGGGAUGCAGUGAGACAAACCUACUCUAAAGUGAAGGAUGCUGCGUUAAUCUAUGAGAUUAAGAUGAAGCUUUCAAUGACCAAACAAGGACUCAACAUAGAAUUUGAUCAAAUGCGAGUCCAAAUACUUGGAAAGGAAUCCCUGCCCUCACUCAAUGAGGUAUUUUCAGUAAUAAGAGCUGAAGAAGGAAGGAGAACUGUGAUGCUUGAGGUCCUAAAUACUGAAGGUUCUGCUAUGAUGAUAACUAAUAGAAAAAACCUAAGUGAUGUUAGCAGAAACCAAAAUGAUGUCAUGAAUGGUGCAGAAGUGGUGAAGACUGAAGGGAGAAAAUUCUUUAAGGAUAAUCAAUUUUGUAACUAUUGCAAGAAAACAGGUCAUACAAAGGAGACCUGCUGGAAAUUCCAUGGAAAACUACCAAGGAUGGGACGUAAUGGAGGAUACAAAUGGAACCAUUCAAGAGGACAUGCACACUUAACAAAUUCAGAAGAGGCAGCACAUGAUUUCAGCACCCUAGAGGUGAGAGGAUUCAACAAAGAGGAGAUUAAACGCCUAAGAACCUUACUCAACACAAUGGAGAAACCAUCUGGAUCAUGCUCUCUUGCUCAAAAUAGUAAAAUUCCAAUUUCUCAUGUCUUUAGUGCCUCAAACAAGAACCAUUCCAGCAUCUGGGUCAUUGACUCAGGUGCAACAGACCAUAUGACUUAUUCUACAGGUGCCUUCACAUCAUAUCAACCCUGUCCUAGCAGUAAGAAAAUCACAGUAGCUGAUGGAUCUCUAACCAUAGUUGCAGGACCUAGCUACGAGGAGGACGAUUGGGCAAGCUAG